UUCUUUUCGCCUUUUUUUCCCAUUUUAUUUAGAUAUAUAUUCUUUGUAUUUUGAUUGAACUCCUACUCUCCUAACGAGCUCUUACGCAGCCUCUUAUCACAGCCUUUAGAGAUUCCCUUCUUGCAUCCUUCAAAGCAAUGGGUAACUCAACGGUUGGCGAUGAUAAUCCUGCGGAGAAGGAGUUUGCUGCCGCCACUUCGGACCCCGAGGCUGGUCAGGACUCUGUCACGGGGAAACCAUGGAUGUACAAGCCCUGGAAGAUCGGCCCUUUAACACUACCUUGGUUUGCACACCCGAUGACCCAGCUCGUUCUGGUCUCCUUUGUUUGUUUCCUUUGCCCUGGCAUGUUCAAUGCUGUGAGUGGUCUUGGGGGUGGUGGCCAAGUCGAUGCAACCGAUGUUAACAAGGCCAACACUGCGCUAUACAGCACAUUUGCCGUGGUAGGCUUCUUCGCUGGCUCCAUUGCCAAUCGUAUUGGCCUCCGCCUGACUCUCUCGCUUGGUGGUUUUGGAUACUUCCUCUAUGUGGCAUCACUGCUCUCAUAUAACCAUAACUCCAAUGCCGGCUUCCUGGUCUUUUCUGGCGCGCUGCUUGGUGUGUGUGCUGGGCUGUUGUGGUGUGCCCAGGGAGCCGUCAUGAUGAGCUACCCACGUGAACACGAAAAGGGCAAAUAUAUAUCCAUCUUCUGGGUGAUCUUUAAUCUCGGUGGCGUGAUUGGCAGUCUGGUACCUCUGGGCCAAAAUCUGCACUCUACCGCUGGUCGGGUCAAUGAUGGUACAUACAUAGCUUUCAUGGUCCUUAUGGCAGUUGGUUUUGUUCUCGCAUGGGGUUUAUCGGAUUCAAAGUACAUUAUGCGCUCAGACCAUUCACGUGUCAUCGUCAUGAAGAACCCCUCCUGGAAAUCAGAAUUCAAAGGUCUUCUUGAAACCCUGCGCAGUGACUAUUACAUUGUCCUAAUGUUCCCUUUGUUUUUGUCGAGCAAUUGGUUUUACGGUUACCAUUUCAAUAGCGUCAAUGGCGCCUAUUUCAAUGUCCGCACUAGGUCUCUCAACAGCUGCCUCUAUUGGCUCAUGCAAAUGGUUGGUGCCUUCAUCUUCGGCUUUACUCUGGACAUGAAGUUCUUUUCUCGGUCAAUGCGCGCAAAGAUCAACUUCGCCCUACUCUUCCUUCUCACAUUGGGCGUUUGGGGUGGCGGUUAUGCAUUCCAGAAGCAGUAUACUCGUGCCGACGCGCCGCUUGAUAAGGACUGGUCGGAUAGUGGCUAUGUUGGUCCUAUGUUCCUUUAUAUGUUUUAUGGUUUCUACGACGCUGCCUUCCAAACCUGCGCUUAUUGGUUUAUGGGAUCACUUACCAACAACGCGCGCAAAUUGGCAAACUUUGCUGGUUUCUACAAGGGAAUCCAGUCCGCUGGCGCAGCGGGAAUGUGGGCCCUGGACCUUGAUAAGGCUCCUUUUAUGACCGAGCUUGCCUCUUGUUGGGGUCUUCUUCUCGGAAGUCUUCUGAUUGCAUCCCCCAUAAUCUUCUUCAAGAUUAAGGACCAUGUAGAUAUCGAAGAUGAUCUCAAAUUCUCCGACGAAACAACACAUGACGUCAUGGGUAACAUCCCUAUGGAAGAACAGACAUCUGGAAAGAGGGAGGAGAAGCGGACGUCUGUCGCUUAAUUUUGCCUAGUGUUGAUUCUUUGCUGCUUAUUUGAAUGUAUCGCUCCUUUACACUAAGGCUAACAGUUGAUAUCCAUAAUGACAUGUUAGGUGGCCUCAGUGAAGCUUCUCUUUAACCCUUUACCCCGAGGUACAGACUCUCAACUUUUGAUGUACCAUUGAAAUAAUGUUCAAUCAUGUAUUUAAUUAUGCCCAGUAGUCAUGAAUAGUUUAACAUGAGACUGUCUGACGUAAACCGAGAAAGUAGGGA